AUGCAUUCAACUGUUAUAGAUAUUAAUAUGAAUGUUUCUAUGAAUUCAACAUCAAAAAAUGAAUAUUUAUCAACAAUAAUUUCAAAAAAUUAUUAUCAUAAUAAACAAGAAUAUAUUUAUGAUGAUUUAUAUAAUAAACAAAGUAAUGAUUCUUAUGUAAAUAAUAAUUUAAAACAUAGAAAAAUUUAUACACUUCAACAAAUAUUUGAUAAUGUUGAAACAAUUCAAAAACAAUAUGAACAAAUUAUAGAAACUUCAAUAAGAUCUUCAUGUUUUUUAUCAUUUAAACAAAUGAUAAAAAAUUUAAAUUUUUUACAAAAUAAAACAAAUGAACAAAUACAAAAAUCAAAACAAAUAGAAAAUAAAUCACCAUUUAUAUUUGGUGGUGAAACACUUCAAUGGUUUGUUUUACCUCAAUAUAUUGAUCAUAUUUAUGAAAAUGAUCUUAUUCAUUAA